AUGAGGCGACGCCAAGUGAAACGCCUGGUGCGUAGGCUUAUCUUUUUCGUAAUCUCAAUUUUCAUACUCUCGUUCUUCACCUCAAUACUGGUGGAACGACGGUUACGGACCGCGGAGCCAUCCACCCAAGUUACGGACUUUAAUGGUGAUCCAGUUACGCCAGAAGUUGUGCCACGUGCGCGCAUCAACACCCAACGCCCACCAAAACCACCCGUACAAAAGCGAGAGUUCGCGCCACCACAAUCGCAAAGUGCUAUUCGAAAUGAAGUUAUACAGAAUGUUGAGGAAAAGCGAAAAGUUGUGAAGGGGAUAUUUAAAGUACCAGUAGCGGUGGGUGAGAAGAAAGAUUGGGAAGAUAAUGAGUUAGUGGAACGUGAAGCGAAGCGCGAGGGGUUGGGGGAACAUGGCGAGCCGGCCUACAUAACCGAGGAGCACCAGAAGGAGCUAGAAAAGAACAUGUCGUUGGAGAAUGGUUUCAAUGCUCUGCUAUCGGAUUUAAUAUCGGUGAAUCGUUCGGUGCCGGACGCUAGGGAUCCAGGUUGUCGACACAUCAAGUACCUCGCCAAACUACCGUCCACCAGCGUUGUCAUUCCUUUCUACAACGAACACAUCAGCGUUUUGCAGCGCACUCUACACAGCAUUGUGAACCGAACGCCACCUGAAUUGCUGCACGAAAUUGUAAUCGUCGACGACAGCAGUGAUCGUGAGUACCUGAAAGCUCAACUUGAGGAAUAUGUAUCGGAGCACUUCGACGGCCUCGUCACCAUCAUACGUUUACCCGAACGUUCUGGUCUGAUAGCGGCACGCUUGGCGGGCGCACGUGCAGCUACCGGUGACGUGUUAGUCUUCUUUGACUCGCACAUCGAGUGCAAUUAUAAUUGGUUGCCGCCAUUACUCGAGCCGAUUGCUGUCAAUUACAAAAUAUCGACUUGCCCGAUUGUGGACGUAAUC